UCCCGCUUCCGGCCAGCUCCUAUAUAUAUGACUAGUCCGCUUACGGGUUAUUAUAUAGCUUGCGGAGCCCUUUAUUUUAGCUAUAUGGAUAAUUACUUUAAGGCUUAUUAUAAGAAGGGUAAUAUAAUACUUCCUCUAAUCCGCAAGCCUUCUCUAUAUCUCUCUUAUCUCUUUACGGGUAAUAACUCGCUUUACCGGGCUUUUCGGACAAAUAUCCGGGUAUAUAAUUAUACUUUUGCCUUUAUAUUAAUUAGCUAUAAGAAAGAUACCCGGAUUAAUUUCUCUUAUAGGAUCUAG